AUGACAGGAAAAUACCCUAAUUGGUUGAAGGAGGAACAGGAUAAAGGUAAUAUAGUCUUUUUCGAAUAUUCUCUGUUCAGAAAUAUCAAGGAUAUUGGAAAAGGCGGGUUUGGACUUAUUAGUUCGGCUGACUAUGAUGGAGAAAAGGUCGCAUUGAAAAGUAUCAAAACUAUAGAAGCGACUAGAGAAUUUGUUAAUGAACUUAAACAACUGCGUUUUAUUAAAUAUCAUCCUAAUGUUAAUCAAUUCCAUGGAAUUACGAUAGGUACCGUCAAUAAUACAAAUG